CCGUUGCCAAAUUUUCCUUUUUAUUUUCAUAAAUCACUCUCAUCUCCUCCAAAAAAUCAGAAAAAAAGUGUAAAAAUCUGAAUUCAAAUGGCGCUCAGAUCUCUCGAUAACGCUCUCCCAAUCGAGAUCGAAAGACCCAAAAAGCAAGCAAAAGUCGUCGUAACCCAGAAUCAGAAACAGGCUGAUUGUGUUGUCAAUGACGAAAACAAAGCCCCUUUACCACCCGGAGACGCAGCGGUUGAUUACGUACCAUCUGAGAAUCUUGAAGCCAUUGAUGACCCAGAUAGUAUAAUCCAUGGACUUGUUGGAGGGUUGGAAUCUAAAGAUUGGUUGGAAAUUUGUCGCUCUCUGAACGACACUAGGCGAUUUGCUUUGUUUCACUCUGCUCUCUUGUUGCCAAUUCUGGACAAAGUUUUACUAGUGAUAGUUAAAUCGAUGAAAAAUCCGCGAAGUGCUCUCUGCAAGACUUCUGUCAUGGCUUCAGCUGAUAUCUUUAAAGCCUUUGGUGACGAGUUAUUUGAAUCAUCUACUUCUGAUGCAUUUGAUGAUGUGAUUUUGCAGCUAUUGCUGAAAGCUUCUCAAGAUAAAAAGUUUGUUUGUGAAGAAGCAGAUAAGACACUCAAGGCAAUGGUGGAGUCUAUGACUCCUCUUCUUUUGUUUCAUAAACUUCAUACUUAUGUCAAACAUUCCAACAUGAGAAUCAGAGCAAAAGCUGCAAUCUCAACAUCCCAUUGUGUUUCUAAGAUGGAACUGGAUAGGAUGAAGGAGUUUGGAUUCGUUUCGUUGGUUCAAAUGGCUGUAAAUUUGCUCAAUGAUAGACUCCCCGAGGCAAGAGAAGCAGCUAGAAGUAUCGUGGUUUCGGUAUACGAGGCAUUAACCAAGGAUGAAGAGCAGAAACAAGAGGCGUGGCAAGACUUUUGCCAGUCUAAUCUUCCAGCUAUUCAUGCACAGGCCAUAGUUAAAAUUGCCUCCUCCUAGUAGACUCAUUCAAGUUUUUAGCAGUAAAAGCUUUUGUUUAGUCAGUCUUCAUUGUUAUCUUUUACAUGUAACCUUUCCUGGGUAACUAACUAUAUUGUUAUGUUUCUAAAAAUAAAA